AUGGGCACCUCAUCCAGUUGGUCCUUUAGUCGCCGUAUACUAGGAAUGACCCAUUUGAAACUAACAGGAGCUCCUCUCUUACCCGAUCUCGAGACUCAACUAUUCGAUUCCUAUGUAUACGACCUCAAAUGGGACGGCAGUAGAGCAAAUCAUCAUGACAUUUUCGAUGUUUCCAACUUGCCAACUGCAGACUUCGCCAAAUAUCUCAUUAGUUCGGUCAAAUUUCAUUGCGGACAAUUACUCUACCUUUUUGACGAGGAUCGCUUUAUGCAAAAGCUUGAAAAUUUCUAUCGAGAUCCAGCAAAAGAGGCUCGCGCCUCGCCUCUAUGGUUCUGUCACUAUCUUUUUAUUCUGGCAUUCGGAAAGAUCUUUGUUCUCCAAUCAUCCAAAAAAGAAGGCCCCGCAGGGGUAGAGCAUUUUCUCCAAGCUAUGCAAUGCAUGCCGGAUCUUAAUUUCUUUGACGCUGAAGCAAUCGAAAAAAUACAAGUCCUGUGCUGUGGUGCAUUAUAUCUGCACUCAAUCCAUCACCGUCUCCCGGCUUACCAGAUGAUCGGGAACGCUCUUCGGGUAGCCCUGUGGAAAGGGAUGUACACUGAAAUGCACAGCAGCUGCCUUGAUGAAGAAUAUGUGCAGCGAUGUAAUCUCGCUUGGUGGACGGUCUACAUUCUCGAGCGUCGGAUGACUUCUCUAGUAGGGUUGCCAAUGGGAAUCUCCGAAGAGAGCAUCAGUGUUCGCUACCCUUCUAUCGUGACUCGAGACGAGACUUCGAAUGUCAUGGAUAUGCAAGUUAAACUAUGCCAGAUAUUGGCAAAGGUUGAUUUGACUGUAUAUGGCUCUGAAGGAAAAGUUGACAGUCGCUAUCUGAGCGCUACCCAGUCUGUCCUACGAGAUAUUGCCAAAGUUACCGAGCGAUUGAAUACCUCUUUUGACUUGUACACGAACGGAUCAAUGAGCGGCACUUCCCGAAUCUCGGCACACUUGCAUAUUUUGGAACAUCAGUGUAUCAUUCUCACCACGCGCCCGCUACUAUACAUUUUUCUGCAAUCCAAAUUGGGCCAAUCCGAUCCUGCCCUCUUAAAAUGGCUCCAGUCUGAGACUGUCAAGGCCCUUCUACACAUAUGCGUCGAGUCCGCUCAACAGAUUUUGAGAAUUCUAUCAAGUCUACUGGAGCAAGGAAUUCUGGAAACCUUUUUGCCCUUCGACAUGGACGCCGCAUCCACUUCCACAAUAUCUCUUUUGGUAGCCGCCGCAAUCGACCCAUCUCUCCUCAAAGACCAUUCACCAUGGUCGCAACGUGCACAUAAAAUAUUUGACCAGAUGAUACUGCGCGGCAACCACUCAGCCAAGUUGGUUCAGAUGGAGUUGAAGCAACUGGAUGACGAGCUGGCCCAAUUAGCAAUGAAAGGAGUGAUGGAAAAUGUUCUGCCGAGAGAUAACUAUUCCCAAUUUGUGGAAUAUGUCCCCCCGGUUGCAGCUAGUGGACAUAACUCCUUGGAGCUGGACUUCGAUGAAAGCUUUGGGCAACAUUAUGAGUUGAGCCCAGAUCAAAUGAUGGAAUUGGCCAACUCUCUAGAUCUCAACAGUCUGAGCUGGCCUCUUUCUUCUAUCCAUGAUAGCUCUGGCCUCGCGAUCUGA